ACGACGUCGAUACAUUACUGAUCCUGCUUCUUCUUCUUCUUCUCUCAAUCACAAAUCACAAUCACCUGUUUUCACCUCUUCUUCUAGCUAGCAAGUAGCAACUAUAUAUACUUUCCCCACAGAUAAUGAAAGCUUCUUUGAUUUGUUCCCCCCUCCCGGUGGUGACGGCCGGGCUUCCCUUCUCACCUUCCCCGCUCCUCCUCCGUCCGAUAUUCAAUGACCACCACCAGUACAACUCUAAAUCAUCAUCAUCAUCCGUUAGCCUCAGAAAUGGACAAUACCGCCGCUUAUCGAAGAAGAAGAAGCGGAGAUCCAUCUCCGCUGUUAUCACCGAUAUUGUAUUGCCCCCCGCAGUUGCAGAUCCAGGUCAGGCUGAGGUCACUUGGCAGAUUGUCGUUGGUGCUCUCGCUGGCACGGCACCGUUUGUGGUUGCAGGGAUCGAGUUCAGCAAGAGAAUUGUAGCUCAACAAAGAUGUGAAGUAUGUAAGGGAUCGGGGCUGGUUUUGAGGGACAACAAAUAUUAUUUCCGAUGCCCUGGUUGUGGAGGAUUUCUCCCAUGGCAAUCAUGGAAAAGAUUCUUCUCUGGAUGAAAUGUGUAGCUCCCUCCC